GCAGGGCUAACGAGGUCCCCGGGCUGCAAGCGGUGACCACGGGGAACGAUGACUGCAGUGGGCCGAAGGUGUUCCGCGCUGGGGCCCCGGGGGUCCGCUGGAGAGGUGGAGGCCGGCGGGGACUACGUGAAGUUUUCCAAGGAGAAGUACAUCCUGGACUCCUCGCCAGAGAAACUGCACAAAGAGUUGGAGGAGGAACUCAAACUCAGCAGCACGGAUCUCCGCAGCCAUGCCUGGUACCAUGGCCGCAUCCCCCGCGAGGUCUCGGAGACCCUGGUACAGCGCAACGGCGACUUUCUCAUCCGGGACUCACUCACCAGCCUGGGUGACUAUGUGCUCACGUGCCGCUGGCGCAACCAGGCUUUGCACUUCAAGAUCAACAAGGUGGUGGUGAAGGCGGGCGAGAGCUACACCCACAUCCAGUACCUGUUUGAGCAGGAGAGCUUCGACCACGUGCCCGCCUUGGUGCGGUAUCACGUGGGCAGCCGCAAGGCCGUGUCGGAGCAGAGUGGGGCCAUCAUCUACUGCCCCAUCAACCGCACCUUCCCACUACGCUACCUCGAGGCCAGCUAUGGCCUGGGCCAGGGCAGUGGCAAGGCUGCCAGCCCCGCCAGCCCCUCAGGCUCCAAAGGCAGCUACAUGAAACGGCGCAGCGUCACCAUGACUGACGGGCUCACUGCAGACAAGGUCACGUGCAGCGAUGGCUGCCCCACCAGCGCAUCCCUUCCCCACCCCCGGGACUCCAUCCGCAGCAGCGCCCUCAGCAUGGACCAGAUCCCAGACCUGCACUCGCCCAUGUCACCCAUCUCCGAGAGCCCCAGCUCCCCUGCCUACAGCACUGUAACCCGUGUUCACGCCGCCCCCGCAGCCCCCUCUGCCACAGCACUGCCUGCCUCCCCUGUCACCCGCCGCUCCAGUGAGCCCCAGCUGUGUCCCGGAAGUGCCCCAAAGCCCCCUGGCGAGUCGGAUAAAGGCCCUCACACCAGCCCCUCCCACAGCCUCUGCAAGGCCUCCCCCUCUCCAUCGGUCAGCAGCUACAGCGACCAGGACUCUGGCCAUUACUGCCAGCUCCAGCCUCCCGUCCGUGGCAGCCGAGAGUGGACAGCAGCUGAAGCCUCCAGCCGGCAGGCUAGGAGCUACGGGGAGAGGCUAAAGGACCUGUCAGAAAAUGGGGUCCCUGAGGGGGACUGGGGCAAGGCCUUCACAGUCCCCGUUGUGGAAGCUACCUCUUCCUUCAACCCAGCCACCUUCCAGUCAUUACUAAUCCCCAAGGAUAACCGGCCACUGGAAGUUGGUCUUCUGCGCAAGGUCAAGGAGCUGCUGGCAGAGGCGGAUGCCCGGACGCUGGCCCGGCAUGUCACUAAGGUUGACUGCCUGGUUGCUAGGAUACUGGGCGUUACCAAGGAGAUGCAGGCCCUAAUGGGAGUCCGCUGGGGCAUGGAGCUGCUCACCCUGCCCCAUGGCCGGCAGCUGCGGCUGGACCUGCUGGAAAGGUUCCACACCAUGUCCAUCAUGCUGGCCGUGGACAUCCUGGGCUGCACGGGCUCCGCCGAGGAGAGGGCGGCGCUGCUGCACAAGACCAUCCAGCUGGCGGCCGAGCUGCGGGGCACCAUGGGCAACAUGUUCAGCUUCGCUGCGGUCAUGGGCGCCCUGGACAUGGCCCAGAUUUCCCGGCUGGAGCAGACAUGGGUGACCCUGCGGCAGCGACACACAGAGGGUGCCAUUCUGUAUGAGAAGAAGCUCAAGCCUUUUCUCAAGAGCCUCAAUGAGGGCAAAGAAGGCCUGCCGCUAAGCAACACCACGUUUCCUCAUGUGCUGCCGCUCAUCACUCUGCUGGAGUGUGACUCAGCCCCAGCCGAGGGCCCAGAGCCCUGGGGCAGCACGGAGCAUGGCGUGGAGGUGGUGCUGGCCCACCUGGAGGCCGCCCGCACGGUGGCGCACCACGGAGGCCUGUACCACACCAACGCCGAGGUCAAGCUGCAGGGGUUCCAGGCCCGGCCAGAGCUCCUGGAGGUGUUCAGCACUGAGUUCCAGAUGCGCCUCCUCUGGGGGAGCCAGGGCGCCAGCAGCAGCCAGGCCCGGCGCUAUGAGAAGUUCGACAAGGUCCUCACUGCCCUGUCCCACAAACUGGAGCCUGCUGUCCGUUCCAGCGAGCUGUAAUCCCCAGGGACUUUCCCCUCUGCAGCUGCGGGCAGCAUCAGGGACAGAGGGGCACAGACCUUUCCCCAGAGCACCCCAGGGACACUGUGAUCAGCCCAAGAAUGUUCUGGGUUCAACUCCAGAAUCUCCCUUGCACCUCCAGGAUCUUACGUGGACUCUAGGCUCCAUCCCACUGCUACACAUGCACCAGUCUCCCUUCAGGAAGAGCAGGAACUCCUGUUCCUCCCUCCAGCUUGUGCUGCUUCCUUCCCGCUGAGGUUCCCUGUUUCAAGCCAUACAAGGCUCCUCAUUCUCCUCCAGGCAUCUGACCCCCAACUACACCAAGGCUUCCAUCUUGCUGUAAAUAAGUCUGUCUGUUCUGUAAAUAGAUGUACAG